UGCCAUUCGUGGCCUCAGCUGUCAAUCACUGGGUCUUGGCCAGUGAUUCCCCGCCGGCACCCGGCAAUCUCCAAGGAUUUCCAACGGGGGGGAGACCUGUAUAUAAACAAUACACAUAUCUCCCCUGUCAGCUCCUGCACACUGCUUUGUAUGGCUCUGCGGCUCUGCAUAGCACAGCCAGUGAAACACAAACACAGCACACACAGUAAAACAGCACACAGUUAACCCUUUGAUUGCCCCACAUGUUAACCCCUUCCUGCCCAGUGCCAUUAGUACAGUGUCAGUGCUUUUUAUUAGCAAUGGUCACUGUAUUGGUGUCACUGGGGGUGUCAGUGACACCAUUGCUGUUCCCCUCAGUGUCAGAAUGCCCGCCGCAGUCCUGCUAUAAGUCGCUGA